AUGGGCCAACUCAACUGUGGAAACUUACCAUAUGGCUAUCAUUCUGAUGCAGCUCUCGAAUUCGCUUCCACUACAUCAUCCUGUGGUAAGACAGGAUAUCCCUAUACAUCGCCAACUCCUAUCGCACUUAACAGUUCAUCGAUCUCUUCUGCCACAGCCACGUCCACUGCUUGUGCCACACCAUAUACAGUCAAAGCUGGAGAAGAUUGCAACUCGAUUGCACGGGCUCAAAACGUAUCUACAUUUUCAUUGCUGUACGAGAAUAAUCUCCAGGCAUACUGCGCCAAUUUUCCAGCUCCUGGAAAAUCCAACGACACAUGUCGAAGCAUCAUUUCCACCGUCCCGGGAGACAUCACUUUGACACAACUCAGCUCCUGGAAUCCAAAUAUCAACAUAGCAUGUGGUAACUUAGGCCAGCUUUACGGCACAGAAAUAUGUAUAAGCCCCAGAGGAGGAUGGAAAUCAUCUACCAGUGACACUUCACCAAAUUCCAUGAUGACUGCCGCGCCUGUGCCAGCAACAAUCGCUAAUGGUACAAACAUCUAUUGCGCAAAAUACUACGUGAUACAAGCGGGAGAUAGUUCCGGCGAAAGUUACUGCGUAGAAGCGGUAGGCUCUAUAUCCACGUACACUUCGUUUCAAAAAGCCACAAUUGCCGCAAAUCCUUGCCUCCAAGCAUCGCCGCCCUCGACUUGCCUCCUGCCGAUUGAUAUUACUCUCUAUCCAAGUGCACCGUAUUGGAGCGAGGGGGCCUCCGUUGUUGGAAACAAAACGAUAAAAUGGCUGGACCCUGUAGCUUCGGACACAAUUCCCACCUGUUACGAGUAUCGGGAAUACUAUUCUUUGAACACCACUAAUGCUACAUUCCUUGAAAUUGAGAAAAGCAUCAAUGAAUGCGACUGGGUAGCCGGCAUAGAAGAAAUCACACUGGCAAACUUCCUGUCAUGGAAUCCAUCGUUGGCCGCACAGGAUCCUAUAAAUUGUACUCUUUCGCCCGGGUAUCGCUACUGCAUUCAAAGAUAUAAACCUACUCCAUCGGCCACUGUCUCAGCUUCGACAAGCAUCAAAAAUCCUUUCAUUGCUACCACUGCGACUGACGCCCCACCUGGUACAGCCACAAAUUGCAAUGCAUACGGAUUUAUGUACGGAGGCGAUAUAGAAGACAUCACGUGCGAUGCUACUCUCAGAUUUCAUGCCAUCGAUUUGCCAAAGUUUUACGCUUUGAACCCAUGGGUAAACCCCGAUUGUUCUGGAUUCUAUUCAGGGUUGAAUUCUACCUCUUUUCGAUCCUUUUGCGUUGGUACUUCGAGUAGCGCCGCGACUGCACCACCAGCACCUGCUCAAUCGGGCAUCGUUUCUACUUGCGGCGAGUUCUAUACCGUCCAGCCAGGUGAUACGUGCCCCAGUAUUGAGCUUCGAUAUGGGAUUUUGUUCGAGCAAUUCCUUGCCUGGAACCCAGCCGUGCUUCAAAACUGCACGCUCCUAAUAAUUGGGGAUUCUGUUUGUGUUUCUGCGCCUACUCCAGCUUCUAACAUACUCACAAGCACAAGUGCAAGCACGACCACUCCCACUGAGGUUGUGUUCAUUGGUUAA